AUGGCAAAAGCUCUUAGCAAUAUUCCUUGUGUGAAACCCUUUAUAAUUGAAAAAACUUCAGUGAAUUUGGAUAAGAAAUGGAUUGUAUGGAAGGAUGAUCUGGAAUUAUUCUUAACUGCCAGAGGUAUUACUCAAGAAGCACAGAAAAAGGUUUUAAUUUUACACUUAAAAGCAGGUACGGACACAUAUGCAGACGUCAUUCAGAAACUCGACACAUAUUUUAAACCGAAAAAGAACAUCACGUAUGAACGUUAUUUAUUCAAACAAACAAAACCGAAGGAUGGCGAAAGUUCAGUUAAUUAUGUUACAAGAUUGAAACGAUUAGGUGAGUCAUGUCAAUAUGCUGAUUUAAAUACAGAAAUCAAGGACCAUUUCAUACAUACUUGUACAUCGAGCUCGCUACAAAAGAAACUUUUACGUGAAGACACAUUAACCCUGGAGAUUUAA